GUCACCCCCUUUAUUCUCAAUUUCUAUGCAUUAGGGUUUACCGAUUGCAUUUCUCCUAAUUUUUUCAACUUCUUUUCGCCUAUCGUUUUUAUUUAAUUUGUUUUAAUGUAUUCGUCCAGAGGGAUGAAUGCCUACGGGCAGCAGUCCUACGUUGGCCAAUCCGGAUACUCCCAAAAUUUGGGUGCUGCUGGUUAUUCUGCUAGUUCUGUUGGAGGACCUGAUGGCGGAGCUCAAAUGUCAUUGUCUUCUCGGCAUUCAUCAAUUUUAGGUAGUUCUCAAGAUGCAGAAAUUGGUGGGUACAGAGCCCUUCCCUCAGUUUCAGCUCAUUAUGGGGGUCAGUAUAGCUCUAUAUAUGGCACAGUUGCUUUAAGUGCUACUCAGCAGGUUCCUGCUACAAGUUCCAAAGGUGCUGGAACAUCAGCUUUGAAAGAUCGUAAUGCUUAUGCCUCAACUCUGUCAGAUUCACCUAAAUUUGCAUCUACUGAUUAUAUUUCAUCAUCAAGUCACGGUUAUAAUCACAAAGGUGAUCAAAUGUAUGCCGAUAAGAUUCCUGACUAUCCUACUGUGGAGAGAAGACAAUUUGGAGAACGACAGGGUGGUUAUCUGGGGAGGGAUUUGCCUAGUGAGCCAACUGGAAGAAAUUAUGAUUCUAUUUUUGGGCAUCAGCGUCAGCCUGACAUAUAUGAUCGUCUUGAUCAAGCUGUCUUACUUCGACAAGAGCAAUUGUUCAAAUCUCAAUCAGUCUCUCAUGAUAGUAGAUUGAGACAAGCUGAUUAUCUUGCAGCAAGGAGUGCUGCUACUCGUCAUUCCACCCAAGAUCUUGUGUCUUACGGGGGAAGAUUAGAUGCUGAUCCUCGCAUUUCAUCAUUGCUGAGCUCUUCUUCUUAUGGUGGACAAACCCCUUCGAUAUUAGGGGCAGCUCCAAGGAGAAAUGUCGAUGAUCUCACGUAUCCGCCUAGCUCUGCAAAUCCUGGUUAUGGUGUGAGCUUACCACCUGGUAGAGACUAUGGAACAAAAGGGCUUCACGUCACGACCCUCGAGUCUGAAUAUCCUGUUAGUACAUUAUCACGCAGCGGUCAUCCUAGGAUUGAUGAACGCAAGGACGACAGAGCUGGUUACCUUAGGGAAUUUGAGAUGAGAGAGGAGGGUCGUCGGGAUCAUUUGCGUGAAAGAGAGAAAGACCGGGAGAGGGAACGGGAAUGUGAACGACUACGAGAACGAGAACGAGAACGUUUGCGCAUCCUGGAGCGGCAGGAGAAGGAAAGAGAGCGGGAGAAGGAGAGAGAACGAGAGUUCAAGCGUGCACUUGACGUUACGCGAGAAAGAACUCCGCCGAGAGUUUCUAGGGAUCACCGUGGUCCAUCUUUGACAAAAGAGGCCCGACAUUUGAGGCGAGAAUUCCCACGUCGUGAAGUUUCGCAUAGGCGUCUUUCACCUGUUAAAGAAAAAAGGAGAGAUUAUUUAUGCAAGGUAUAUUCGUCCAACUUGACAGAUGUAGAGAGAGGCUAUUUAUCAAUUGAUAAGCGGUGCCCAAGACUUUUUGUGUCUCCUGAAUUUUCAAAGGUUGUUAUAAACUGGCCAAAGGAGAAUCUUAAGCUCUCCAUGCAUACUCAUGUCAGCUUUGAGCAUAAUUUCAUUGAAGAUAGUUUAGCUGAAUCAAAAGAACUUUCCAGCAAGCUUGUGCCUGCUGCAUCGGAAAAGCCUGAACAGGGAAGCACAAUGUGGAAUGCGAAGAUUAUUUUGAUGAGUGGAUUAAGCAGGAGUGCUUUGGAAGAGCUGCCAUCUGAAAAAGUUCCUAAUGACCGCAUACCUCAUAUUUGCAAUAUUCUAAGGUUUGCUGUUCUUAAAAAAGACCAUUCUUUCAUGGCAAUUGGUGGGCCUUGUGUUUAUGCUGAUGGCAGCAAUCCUGCUGGUGAUGUGUUCUCUCUAAUUCAAACGGCCCUUAGAUAUGCAAAGGAAGUUGUUAAUCUUGAUUUGAAGAAAUGUCAGAAUUGGAAUCCUUUCCUUGAGAUACAUUACGACAGAAUUGGCAAGGAUGGGCUGUUUAGCCAUAAAGAGGUCACAGUACUGUUUGUUCCAGAUUUAUCUGAAUGCCUUCCUUCACUAGAUACAUGGCGAGCCCAAUGGUUAGCUCACAGAAUAGCUGUUUCCGAGAGGGAGCACCAGCUGUGUUUGAAAAGAGAGAAAUCAAAGGAGAGGAAGGAAGGAUCAAAAGACAAGGAAGCAGAUUCUACAAAACAAACUGAAAAAGGAAAAUCUGGGGAAAAAAUCCAGUCUGUAUCAUCUAGUUGCGGAAUUGUUGCUAACAAAAAGGAGAAAGAUGGAAAUUCUAUUGAAGGAGGUGCAGCUGAAGGAAAGGUUACUGGGGGUGAAAAUAAAGUUCAGGUAAAGGAUGACAGUGAAAUAACUGUUGAAGGUCCUGAGAAAAAAGAAAGUGGAGAAGCUCCUGCUGCUACUCCUACUGCUAGGACAGGUGCUGUAAAGUCUGUGAAGAAAAAGAUUAUAAAGAGGAUUGUCAAACAUAAAGUUGCAACUAAGACAGCUGUGGAAUUAAAUACUGCUAGCAAACAGAGCAACGGGGUUGGUGAAGAUGUUGGGAUGAAAACUUUUGUAUGGAAAAAAACUACAAAAAAGGAAAGUGCUGGUAAAAAUGAUCAGAGUGAAGAUAAUGGUGUUCCCCCUGAGGAAAAAGUGGAGGUAGAAAUAGGAUGCUCUGAAGAUAAGCCAAAGGAUAAUUCAGACUCCCCUUCUGCAGCUGUAGAGAAUGCCGGUGUGAAAACAACUAUAAAGAAGAAAAUUAUUAAGAGGGUGCUGAAAAGAAAGGUUCCUCCUACACAAGCUAAGGGUGAAGUAGCUGAAAUUAAGAAUGAAGGUGCUGACGAUGACAAAAAGGUGGUUCAGGGUGGUGAUGAGACCUCAAAUUCAGAAAAACUAAGUAUUGCUGAAAGUUCAAGUAAAUCAGAAAUCAAUGUUGACAUGGAGAAUAAAAAGGAUGAAAGGUUAACUAAUGCAGAGUCUCUGAGUGACAAGAAAAAGGUUAACACGAAGGAUACUUGUGAUGUCAGGGGGGGGCAAUUGAAGGAGUGGGGGAAGCCAAAAGAUGACAAAGAUUUUAAAGACGAAUCCCAGAGUAAUUCUAACAAAGAAUCAAAAGGAAGGAGGAAGCCUGAAGAACCUUCUCUGAAACAUCCUGGAUUGAUUCUUCAAACAAAGUGGAGCAAGGGUUCUAAAUUGCGACCAGUGUCCCUUUCACUGGAUUCACUUUUGGAUUAUACUGAUAAGGACACUGAAGAAUCAACAUUUGAGCUUUCAUUGUUUGCAGAAGCGAUGUAUGAAAUGCUUCAGUAUCAAAUGGGUUGCCGUAUUUUAACAUUUCUCCAGAAACUGCGAGUGAGAUUUAUGAGCAAAAGAAAUCAGCGCAAGAGACAACGGGAAGAAAUCCAUGAUGAGGAAACCAAGAAAAAGUCGCCAAUGAAAAAAUCAAAAGGAAGUGAGCUCCCUGUGAAGGAAAAUGAAUCUGUUAAGGCAGACGCAUCAAGUGCAGCUCAGCUGGACGUUGAAAUGACUGUGUCCAAGGAAGAAACUAUUGCUGGCCAUGUUGAGGAGCCAAGGAACACAGCGGCAGAAAAUAGUUCUAAUCAUGUUGAGGAGCCAAACAUAAAAGAUGAAGCAGAUGAAGAUUUGGAGGAAGAUCCUGAAGAAUAUGAAGAAAAUGAUGAUGCAAAUCCGCAACCCAAUUCCUCUAAUGAGAAAAAUGAAGAGAAGGGUCAAUCAGAGACUAAGCCUGACAAGGAGGUUGAGAAUGAAGCUGCAGCACCCACCAAAUCAGAAAUCGCCACAAAAGCCGCUAGUAUGGAGCCUGGGCCUGAGGGAGAUGUGUCUAGAAAGGAGCAGCAGAAAGUUGAUCCUAAGAAGAAAGUGUAUGUUACCGAUAAGGAUGUGUUGCAGGCUUUCAGGUUUUUUGACCGGAAUCGAGUUGGCUAUAUUAGGGUGGAAGACAUGAGAUUGAUUAUUCACAGUUUGGGGAAGUUUCUUUCUCAUAGGGAUGUCAAAGAACUAGUGCAAAGUGCACUGUUGGAGAGCAACACAGGAAGGGAUGACCAUAUUCUUUAUGACAAGCUGGUUCGAAUGUUUUGGGUAUGACUGAUAAUAUGUCAUAUAGCAUCUGCUUUCCAUCCAUUGAUAAACAGCCAUUAAAGGGUGUGAUUCCUAGGAGCUGAAGUCCGAGUCUCAGAUAUUUGAAUGAUGGGUUUAAACUCGUCACUCUUAAUGUAAGCCUGUUGCUCAAGGCAGUCCUUGUGAUGACUUGGGGAUGCGACUAGUGUUUGAAUGUCUGUGGUAUUAGGUUUUGUUAGCGUUGAUCUUGUUUUCGUUUUCCUUAAUU